CACACACUCACACUCACUCUCACACACACUCACUCACACACACGCGAUGGAAUGGGAGAGCAGUCGCGGAGAGUCGGAUCCCAACACAUACCGUCCAGAGAGCCGUUCGGUGUAGGAGCGGAGUGCGGAGCGGAGUGCGGAGCGGGAGCGGAUCGCCAGCCCCGAGUGUGCGGGAGAGGGGACACGCGAUGGAGACAGCCACGAGCCGCGACCGGGCGGUGAUUUUCGGGGCUGCAAACGCGGCACUUCGCCUCUCACUGUACAUCUGCUGCGUAGGAUUCUCGCACAGUUCUCAACAAGUCCUCCGUAUCGGCGGGAUUUUUGAAACUACAGAAAAUGAGCCUAUUAGUGUUGAAGAGAUGGCCUUCAAGUUUGCAGUCACCAACAUAAACCGAAACAGGACAUUAAUGCCCAACACCACACUCACAUAUGACAUACAGAGAAUUAACCUGUAUGACAGCUUUGAAGCUUCCAGACGAGCUUGUGACCAACUUGCUCUCGGAGUAGCCUCUGUGUUUGGACCAUCACACAGUUCUUCACUCAGUGCAGUACAGUCUAUCUCUAAUGCAUUGGAAGUUCCACACAUCCAGACUCGUUGGAAACAUCCCAUAGUAAACCAGAAGGACUCAUUUUACAUUAAUCUGUAUCCAGACUACACGUCUAUCAGUAGAGCCAUCCUGCACCUGGUGCAGUACUACAAAUGGAAGACAGUGACUGUGGUUUAUGAAGAUAGCACAGGUCUCAUUCGCUUACAGGAAUUAAUGAAAGCCCCCUCCAGAUAUAACAUUAAAAUAAAAAUUCGCCAGUUGCCAACAGAUAACAGGGAUCCCAAGCCUCUUCUGAAGGAGAUGAAAAGGGGGAAGGAAUUCUAUGUGAUAUUUGACUGCACAUAUGAAACGGCUGCCGGGAUGUUGAAACAGCUCCUCUCAAUGGGAAUGAUGACUGAGUAUUACCACUACUUUUUUACCACACUGGAUCUGUUUGCACUGAACCUGGAGCCCUAUCGGUAUAGUGGGGUCAAUAUGACAGGGUUUCGUCUCCUGAACAUUGACAAUCCACACAUUGCAUCUGUCAUUGAUAAAUGGUCAAUGGAACGCCUGCAGGCACCACCCAAACCUGAAUCAGGACUGUUGGAUGGAAUGAUGACAACGGAUGCAGCCUUGAUGUACGAUGCAGUCUAUGUGGUGUCCAUAGCCUUCCAACGCGCUUCACAAAUGACAGUCAGCUCCUUACAGUGUCACAGGCACAAGCCCUGGCGAUUUGGAUCGAGGUUUAUGAACCUUAUCAAAGAGGCUCAGUGGGAUGGCCUGACAGGACAUAUCGCCUUUAAUAAGACUGAUGGUCUGCGGAAGGAUUUUGACUUGGACGUUAUAAGUCUAAAGGAGGAAGGUCUGGAAAAGCUUCCUGGUGACAUUAUUCACUCCAGCAAAAUAUGGCGGAAGAUUGGAAUCUGGAACUCAAACACUGGCCUUAACAUGACGGAUAGCAUGAAAGAGAAGCCAUCAAACAUCAGUGUCUCAAUGUCCAAUAGGUCUCUUAUAGUCACUACUAUUUUGGAAGAUCCCUACGUGAUGUAUAAGAAAUCUGACAAGCCUCUUUAUGGCAAUGACCGAUUUGAAGGUUAUUGUCUUGACUUGUUAAAAGAGUUAUCAAACAUUCUGGGCUUCACUUAUGAAGUUAGAUUAGUAGCUGAUGGGAAGUACGGAGCCCAGAACGACAAGGGCCAGUGGAAUGGAAUGGUGCGGGAACUCGUUGACCACAUAGCUGAUUUAGCAGUUGCUCCUCUUACUAUUACCUAUGUGAGAGAGAAGGUUAUUGACUUUUCCAAACCCUUCUUGACUCUGGGGAUUAGUAUCCUCUACCGCAAACCAAACGGGACAAACCCAGGUGUUUUCUCCUUUCUGAAUCCAUUGUCCCCAGAUAUUUGGAUGUAUGUGCUACUGGCCUGCCUCGGAGUCAGCUGUGUGCUUUUUGUUAUCGCCAGGUUUACACCCUAUGAAUGGUAUAACCCCCACCCUUGCAAUCCUGACUCCGAUGUGGUGGAAAACAAUUUUACUUUACUAAAUAGUUUCUGGUUUGGAGUUGGAGCUCUCAUGCAGCAAGGAUCAGAGUUGAUGCCCAAAGCUCUCUCCACUAGAAUAGUGGGUGGAAUCUGGUGGUUUUUUACUUUAAUUAUAAUAUCAUCGUACACUGCCAACUUGGCUGCAUUUCUGACUGUGGAAAGAAUGGAAUCGCCCAUCGACUCAGCUGAUGACUUGGCAAAACAAACCAAGAUAGAAUACGGGGCAGUCGGGGAUGGAUCAACAAUGACUUUUUUUAAGAAAUCCAAAAUUUCGACUUACGAAAAGAUGUGGGCAUUCAUGAGCAGUCGACAGCAGACAGCCUUGGUGAAAAAUAAUGAUGUGGGGAUCCAGCGGGUGCUCACUACGGACUAUGCUCUUCUGAUGGAGUCAACUAACAUUGAGUUCGUUACCCAGCGAAACUGUAACCUGACCCAGAUCGGUGGGCUCAUUGACUCGAAAGGAUAUGGUGUAGGAACACCUUUAGGAUCUCCAUAUAGAGAUAAAAUCACAAUCGCAAUCCUUCAGCUACAGGAGGAAGGAAAGCUGCACAUGAUGAAAGAGAAAUGGUGGCGAGGGAACGGCUGCCCAGAGGAGGACAGCAAAGAAGCAAGUGCCCUUGGUGUCGAAAACAUUGGAGGAAUAUUUAUUGUACUUGCUGCUGGGCUUGUUCUCUCUGUCUUUGUAGCCAUCGGGGAGUUUAUAUAUAAAUCAAGAAGAAAUAGUGACAUCGAACAGUGUUUUAUGUUGAGCACAGUGAUCGAGGAUCUUCGCAUCUCACUGCGGUGUCACGGAAAAAUAAACAGAAAAUCCAGCACCAGAAGAAAAUACAUGCUGUCGAGCAUCCUAUUGUGUCACCAGAGGCGAAUUAUACGUAGGGAGACGAUAACAUGAACUUGCAAUCUGUAUUCCUGGCAUGAAAAAGUCCUUGCUGUUAACUGGAAUUGUAUUUUUUACCUCGUGGACAAUAUUGUGAAAUAUGGGACUUUUUGACAGUGACAUGACCAUGGGAUUUAGAAACUCUUUUUACUGAUUUUUUUUAACAAAAAUAAUCAAGCGAAGUAAAUGAUAAAUGUUAAGUGAUCAUUUUUUUUCCAUUUGCAAAAGUGGUUUUGUUAUAACUGAGUGUAACAAGGUUUGGUAUAACUGAGGCUGACACAUAAAGAAACAUUGUAACACAGAGUUUAAUUUCCUGGAAGUACAUCAGUAGCACUAGAAUCAGCUUUAUGCAUAGACAUUUCUCCCUUUAAUGUUCAGUGAAGCAAGCCUAUUGAAGUUUAAAUGGUAAAACACCAUUAAGAUCACAAUCCUCUCUUACUCUUUCUUUGCUGUCCCUGCUAUAGAUGCUGGAGGCCCUCUAUUAAUCAACUAGACUUCAAAUGACUCAAAUGUGUCGACGUUUGUUGAACUGGCUCCACUUACUUAUUCAUCACUCCAGCCCCACCCCCAAAAAAAGCCUGGUGCUGCCAUGCUUGUUAUCUAUUGUGAUAUUUGCUUGUUGCAACCUUCUCGUCGUUUUACUUAUAGUGGAGCGGUCCAGAGAGUGCUGGUCCAGGAACUGGUCUGUACAGUUCCUGGUAUUGAUUACUGAGUAACCCCACUUGUGACAAUGAGGUACAGUCGUUCACUCAGUAAAAGAGAUGUCCCUGGUUAAUGGGAACGCUUGGUAAUCAAUAGUGUACUAGGAAACUGGAGAUUCAUAUAUCAACUCGUCUUAGGUAAUGGUUCUUACAGUUUAGCUGCACAGGAAAUCAACAGGAAUUGGGCAACAAUUGCCAUUAUUUAAAGCACGCAUUUAGAUAACUGAAUGAUUGAACC